AUGGGCCGAAAAGGCAGCGUCAAGGUCCGCACCGGUUGUAUAACAUGCAAAAAACGUAAAAUCAAGUGCGAUGAGACACGCCCAGCAUGCUGCAAAUGCACGUCUACUGGCCGAGCGUGUGCAGGCUACCAGGCCAAGCCCACCGGCCACUACUCCUGGGAAGAACUUCUCCGCCCUCGCCAGAAGGCAUCUGAUACGAAUAAUAACAUAAAGAAUAUGAAUGUUGUGGCUCCUCCUCCUCUAUUUGCUGGAACUGUUGCUCUCAAUGUGUCGAUGUCUCUGCCCAUGGGUCUUUCCAGCACCGCAGGAUCAGAUGCGGCAGAGCUUCGUGGGUUCUACUUCUUCGUAGAGGUUGUGGCGCCGGCACUGGACGGGGCUCUGCGCGGUUCCUUUUGGACGCACACAGUUCCUCGGGUAUAUCUUCAAGAGGUGGCGGUUCGCGAAGCCACUUUGGCGGUCAGUCUCUUAUACGAGAGCGUGAGCAUGAACACAAGCCAUCAUCAUUACGGCGCUGCCAUCCGACGAUACAAUUCAGCCAUCAAACACCUCGUGGCCUCCAAGACGAUGAGUGUCGAGACGGUACUCAUCGCAUGCGUCAUUUUUAUAUGUAUUGAAUUCCUCACCGGCCAGGGCGAUGUAGCAAUACGACAUGUCACGCAUGGACUCACUUUGCUCAAUAACCCUACCCUCGCUAGCUCCAAGACAGAACUCUCGGUUUCCCUAGCCUCCUUCUUCUGUCACUUGGGCAUCUUCCCUUUCUUCUUCAGCGAGCGCAGUAUUCCCGUGGGCUCGUCGUUUGUUUCCGAGACAGAGGCUCAGGCGGCUCUCGACUUGCUGCUCUGUCGCAGUGUCAGGCUCGUUCGCAUGGCUGCUGGCCACAAAUUUAAUACCAAGACGAAGCCAGAUUUCUCAUUAGACUUGGGCACUCUCAUUGCGCAACAAAAAAAGUUGCAAGACGACCUGGCCUUGUGGUGGUAUGCCUUUUCCGCUAUGCCACUGCGACUAAAUCUAUCGAAUGAACGAGAGAUGAAGGUGCAUACACAUGCGCAUGAUGAUGACAAUGAUGAAGAGUUUUUUGCCCUGCUGGAGGUCCGUUGGCUCGUUGCCCAGAUCUGGUCCAGCACGUGCUUGACCGUGAAUGAGACGGAGUACGACGCCCACUUCGGCAGCUUUCAGCGCAUCAUUCACCUAGCGAAACGGGCCAAGAUGAAGAUGAAGACGCGGGCGAGGACGACAAGCAGUCUCGUUGAGCCUUCACGUGGAAUCUUUUCCUUCACCAUGGGGUUCGGUCCUUUAAUUCACUUUGUCGUGCUCAAGUGUCGCUAUCUGCCACUGAGACUUGAGGCUCUCGCUCUCCAGUCUGCCAUCGCCUGCCUACGUGAGUCAAUGUGGGACUGCGCAACAAUGAGUGCGAUCGGUACGCGUAUUGUCGAGAUGGAGCACGGUAUCAAACUGGAUGUAGUGGCGGCCGUUGACUCUCCAAGCUCUUUUUCAUCGUCAUCAACGACGUGGACGUCAGCGUCUGUGGCUGAGAUUCCGGUGCCGAUUGGCGACAGAACCUCUCUCAAUAGCCUGCCAAGUGAUGGGAUGAGGAUCCUAGAUUACUCUUUAGAAGACGUCGAGCGCAUCCGCAUUCCUCGCUGGGGAGAAGAUGAAGUAAGGAGGAAAAUCACAUUGUUAGUAAAGACAAAGACCGGUGCCAUCGAAGCCCGACAAGACUGGGUAUUAAUUCGAUAA